UCCCACCUGCCCCCCCCCCCCCGGCGGCGGCGAGGUUAGCGAUGAGGCGGCCGCGGGGAGCGGCCGGAGGAGUUUGUUCGCUCCCCGUCUCCCUGAUGCUCUGAGCCGGAGUCUCCUCCUUUCCCCGGGCUCGCGCCCGGGCUGGAUGCUCCGCUCGCUCCUCGCUCCGCUGCCGCAGCCGCCAGAUUAGCGCGAGCCAUGGAGCCGUCCGCAGCCGCCCUGGACAGCACUCCGGACCCCGCCAUCGUGCAGCCCCCCGGGAGCAGCCCGCCCGUGCCCCCACGGGAGCAGCAGCAGGAGCAGCUGCGGAUCGGGGAGAGCGGGCAGUUCGGCGAGGGGCCGGAGGACAGAGGUUUACUAGAAAGCAGUACAAGGCUAAAACCUCAUGAAGCUCAAAGCUACAGAAAGAAGGCAUUGUGGGUUUCCUGGGUCUCCAUAAUUGUCACACUGGCUCUUGCAGUGGCUGCUUUCACUGUCUCCGUAAUGAGAUACAGUGCAUCAUCGUUUGGAUUUGCUUUUGAUGCUACCCUGGAUGUUUUGUCAUCAGCGAUAGUUUUGUGGCGUUACAGCAACGCAGCUGCCGUACAUUCUGCACACAGGGAGUACAUAGCCUGUGUUAUCUUGGGUGUCAUAUUCCUCCUAUCAUCUAUAUGUAUUGUGAUCAAAGCUAUCCACGAUCUUGCAAAGAAGGUUCUUCCAGAAGUGGAUGACUUUCUGUAUAGUGUCUCAGUUUUGAGUGGCAUCCUCUGCACUGUUUUGGCAGUAAUCAAGUUUAUGCUGGGCAAGGUGCUUACAAGCAGAGCGCUGAUAACUGAUGGCUUCAACUCUCUUGUAGGUGGAAUAAUGGGAUUUUCCAUCCUUCUUAGCGCAGAAGUCUUUAAACACAAUUCUUCUGUCUGGUAUCUGGAUGGCAGUAUAGGAGUUUUAAUUGGACUUACAAUAUUUGCCUAUGGAAUCAAGUUGCUCAUUGACAUGGUGCCCCGUGUACAGCAGACGCGCCACUAUGAGAUGUUCGAGUGAAGAUCACACCCUCUUCUUUGUUGGCUUUCACAGCACAGAGCCAGUGUAUUACUUCUGUUUAUCACAGGUGGAUUAAAAAUAGCAGACAGUCCACAGCAGAGGUUGAAAUAGGACUGUGGUAAGUAGCCAAGUAGCUAGAAAUCCCCAUUCUUACUAUACAAUAGAUGAUGUAAACGAGAGUAGAUUUACAAUGAGACUUUCAGUGACUGAUGUAAAGUUGGGACACUAAUUCUUUACUGAUGUUAUCUGAAACCUUAUUUCCCAUCGAAUGUCACACAGCAAGUUCUCAGCCCGAUUCCCCAGGGUCCUUAGUAAAGGCAAACUCCCACUGAUGCGUGCAGGAAGAGACACCAAAAGGUGCAGCUGGCCUGACAGUGUCAGUGGGAGGUGCACAGCACUGCCAUGAUGGCACUUGCGCUCUCUUGCAACAGAACAGAAAAGUCUUUACUACAGAAUGAAUUUUGUUCUGCUGCUAUAGCUGGUUUACAUAUAUUUUGGAUUAAGUUUAUAUAAUUGUUUGUAUACAAACUCCUUAAUGUUGUUACUGUUAGUGUUCUGGUGCUACUUGUUCUGGAGCCUUGCUGUCUCUGGGUGAUGUCAGGCACCAUCACACGCCACUCAGCGUAAGAUGGAAGUACAGCACUUGACAAGACAGAGGAGGUACUUCCUAAGCUUAUUCAGCAGAAAGAUGUAUUGUACAGGAACUGUCCCUGUCCUCAUUAGGUGGACUUCUAAAUAUCACGUACCACCCCAACGCCCUUUCUUCAUGCACAAGUUUCUAAUUCCUUUUGCUUUUGCUUAGUCCUGAUAUUUUCCCAUUCUGUUCCUUUUGUAACUCCAAGUUCACUGAAGAGAGCCCUGGAAAAUGCAUUUCCCUGCUGAUUAACUCAGUUUUAUCAAGCAUCUUCAGCACCAGAAUAACAGAACCAGAGCUUGAACAUAGCUAUGUUAUGCAUUUCUUGUUUUUUGCUAGUUGUAUUAGUACUGUUUGCCCUUCUCCACCCCUCCAGGGAUCUUGUUGCUUCUGUAGUCCCAGUGUCAGUCAUUAAAUGACACUUGGGAGCUACCCAAAGCACUGCUCCACAGGGCUGUGCACUACAGCAGCCAGUUUCUAGACAGACCAGCGCCCAGAAGAGCAGCAAGAAGGUAAAAUGGGUUGUGGCAAAAUGCCUAACUGCAGUGAGCUUGGUGGCACAGAAGUCCUACUCUAUGGAGAGCAUGUAGGACAUUAAGCCAGCUCACAUUUUAAAGGAGCCUGUUAAAACGCUGAGUGCAACGUGUGCGCAGGGACCUUGUGGAUGUGCUCAUCCAUGAAGCAAAGCUGAGGGAAUCCUCUUUACUAGAGGAUGGCUCUAAGUACAGACUUCAACUGCACAACCCUUGAAAAUGAGAUGUGGCUAAACAAGCUCGUACUUUUCUUAUCAGAGUAACUUAAACUAAAAGCAGAAGUGUUUCACUUACCAAGCAUGCUUCAACGCUCUUCUGGUAUUAGCAGGUAAAUACAAGAAAAUAAGUAAAAUACUUGAGACUUCAAAGGAAAAAGACCAGGCACUAGUGAUACUCAGAAAUGAGCACUAAUCCAUGCUGAUGAAACCGGCUACCCCUGGCUGCCACACUUCUUAUGGCUCUUUACAAUUGGAAAGAAACUAAAUGCAAUGCUCAUCCAGUUUACCAGGAUGCUCUGCUCUAGCCAGCCACCCUCAAAGGUAACAUUUGCUGUAGUAGCUUUCUUUAUUACAUGUCUGUGCCAGCUACUCUCUAACUGUGAGAUAACAACCAGGUUGCAGCAACGCCAACUGAAGGUGGAAUUUCCAACAGCAGGGGUAGCUCGGGAGCACUUGGAACCAUCACCUUAACCUUGGCACUGCCCAACACAACGUUUUCUGCAGUUCCAGCUGCCUGGGAGUGCAUAGACAUUUCCAGGAGCCAUAGAGGUAAGGAAGCACUGAAGCUACCGAGCCAAUGUUAUCCCUGGAUACACGGAUCUGUGUGGGUACUGCAUCCUCAACUUGCAAGUGUUUCACUCUCCUCACAGCACUUUUAAUUUCUCAGCACUGCUUUUCAGGUAUGCGCUGCUGCUACGUUCUGUGCACUGCCAUGGAGCAGAGCUGUGACAAAGCACAGCGCUGACAGGUGCUGCUCAUCAGGCACCAGAACUGAGGCAGGAAGGGCACAAACCCACAUUCCUGUGGGUCCAGGUUAUCUAAUUGGAGAGUAAUUAAAUCAGACACCAGCCAAUCAAGGGACCUGUCCUACUGCUCCCACACCUGGGAGCCGGAUGCUUUCCUGCUCCCACCAGCCUCAGGAUGAGCCCGUGGGGAGGCAGCGUCCAGCUCCUGCACGUUACCUGUUCCACGCUAUCAGCUGCAUGCUGGGGUUGGCACAGCUGCACCUCUGGCAGAGCUUGGGAGCAGAAUCACGGUGACACUGCGGGGACAGCCAGGAGCGACACGGGCACCAGCAAGAACAGAUGCUGGAGGGCUGAAAGUGCAUUUGAUAGAAAGCCUUUGCAGAAGAGUUUGUUUUGCAAGUAAUUGGGAAGCACAUCGUUUUGUCAGCUAGGGCUGUUGCUACCAACCCCACCACUUUUCUGCCCACACCCCUUACUCUGCCACCCUCACCUCAGCCCACAGCGAGGGACAGAAACCCGUGGCACUGCCUAUGCUGUGAGCGACAGCUGUUACUUGCUGGAACCCCAGAAGCUCCUACCGUGGUUCGCUUUCUGUAGAGCUGACGU